AUGAUGAACAGGUUCCGAAAGUGGCUGUACAAACCCAAGCGGUCGGACCCACAGCUGCUGGCGCAGUUCUACCAUGCGGACGAGGAGCUGAGCCAGGUGGCCGCCGAGCUGGACAGCCUGGACGGGCGGAAGGACCCGCAGCGCUGCACGCUGCUUGUCAGCCAGUUCCGCUCCUGCCAGGACAACGUGCUGAACAUCAUUAAUCAAAUCAUGGACGCGUGCAUCCCCCAGGACCGAGCCCCGAGGGACUUCUGUGUCAAGUUCCCCGAGGAGAUCCGCCACGACAACCUGGCCGGCCAGCUGUGGUUUGGCGCUGAGUGCUUAGCCGCCGGCUCCAUCAUCAUGAACCGUGAGCUGGAGAGCAUGGCCAUGCGGCCGCUGGCCAAGGAACUGACCCGCAGCUUGGAGGAUGUGCGCGGGGCCCUGCGCGACCAGGCGCUGCGGGACCUCAACACCUACACGGAGAAGAUGCGGGAGGCCCUCAGGCACUUCGACGUGCUGUUCGCGGAGUUCGAGCUGAGCUACGUGUCUGCCAUGGUGCCCGUGAAGUCCCCCCGGGAGUACUACGUGCAGCAGGAGGUCAUCGUGUUGUUCUGCGAGACAGUGGAGAGGGCCCUGGACUUCGGGUACCUGACCCAGGACAUGAUUGACGACUACGAGCCGGCCCUCAUGUUCACCAUCCCUCGGCUGGCCAUCGUGUGCGGCCUCGUGGUCUACGCGGACGGACCCCUGAACCUGGACCGCAAGGUGGAGGACAUGUCCGAGCUGUUCCGGCCCUUCCACACGCUGCUGCGGAAAAUCAGGGAUUUGCUGCAGACGCUGACGGAGGAGGAGCUGCAUACGCUGGAGCGGAACCUCUGCAUUUCGCAGGACGUGGAGCUGCCCGUCCGGGCGGACGUCCCGGCGCCCCCGGCCCUGGCCCCGGCCGAGCCCAGGCGCGCAGACGCGGAGCUGGCCUGCUCGGUGCAGAACGACGACCAGGAGCUGGAGCAGCUCAGCCGCCUGGUGCAUAGCGCGGGGGACGCCAUGGCCUCCCUGCUGUCCCCGCCCAGCGCCGGCCCUUCCCCCGCCCACAGGCCAGGCGCCGCGGCCAGCCCCCGCGGGCGGGCGUCCCCGGGCCGCGCGCAGCUGCCCCCCGCCGGCGACGAGGAGGAGGGGAGGGUGUUCUUCAUGGAGGACGUGGACGGGGCGCCCGAGGCCCCGGGCAGCACCGGCGGCGGCGUCGACCCCCAGGAGACGGGGGAGGGCCGAGAGGCGGGGGUCGGCUCGCCGGCUUCGGCCAAGCGGGAGGACGCGAGCAACAACAACAGCAUCGAGGGCGCCGCGCUGCGGGCGGCGGCCCCCAAAUCCUGCAGCUGCCUGGACUCGCGGCCCCACCUGGACGGCUGGGAGGCGGGCGCGGAGCACGCCGAGACGGCCGAGCUGAUCGCCCACCGGACCGGGGGCAUGAAGCUGUCGGCCACGGUCAUCUUCAACCCCAAGUCGCCCGCCUCCCUGGACUCCGCCCUCGCCCACCCGGGAGUCCCGGGAAACGGCGUUCCCGCGGCGGCCGAGGGGACGGCUGGCGGUCCCCACAGACUCAGCGCCACGGCCACCAACUGCCUCCUCAACUCCUGCGUCUGCUGCGCGGGCUGCGCGGGCGCCGGGGAGGACGCGGCCGCCCAGAGUCUGCGGGGCAAGUGCGGCUCGGGCGGCGUCAUCCGCUCCGCCAAGGUGGGUGCCAAGGGCUCCGCCGCGGGGCCGCUGGAAGCCCUGCCCACGGGCGCCCCGGACCCCGCGCCCUCCGAAGACGCCCCGGGCAGGCCGGAGCCCGAAGCCCCUGCUUCCGACAAGUGCCUGGCACACAGCUCAGGACCCCCGGGGGAUGCGGCGGACAGGCUGCGCGGAGGGGUUGGCGGCUCCCGUCUGCAGGAGGAGGCCCCGGAGGAGCAGCCCCCGCCCCCGGCGGGCUCCAGAGGGUGUGAGUGGGGCAAGGGUGCUUCCACGGGACGAACUCAGCCCCUGAUGUUGGACCCGGGGUGCACCCGCGCGGAGUGGGGGGCCCUCCGGGCAGAAGUCUCGUCCCCCCUUGCUGCCCACAGCCAAGCCCCUGUGUCUCCUUCUCCAUGCAGCGGCUCCAUGGCUGGUCCCUGCUCCCCAGACACAAACGGCUCUGAGUCAGCGCCCGUGGCCGUCAGAGAGAAGAUGCGCUCCCGGUUCCACGGCAGCCACGACCUGAUCCACCGCCUGUUUGUCUGCAUCUCAGGCGUGGCCGACCAGCUGCAGACCAACUAUGCCAGCGAUCUGAGGAGCAUUCUCAAGACCCUCUUCCAGGUCAUGGCCACCAAGCCAGAGACGGAUGACAAAGAAAAGCUAAAGAAGGUCACCCAGACCCUGCGGAGCGCGGCCCUGGAGGACUGCGCCCUGUGCCAGGAGACCCUGUCGUCCUCUGAGCUGGCCGCCAAGACCCAAGAUGGAGACUUGGAAGACCCGCCCGAGUGGGUCCCGGACGAGGCCUGUGGCUUCUGCACCGCCUGCAAAGCGCCUUUCACAGUCAUCCGCAGGAAGCACCACUGCCGCAGCUGCGGGAAGAUCUUCUGCUCGCGCUGCUCCUCGCACUCGGCGCCGCUGCCGCGCUACGGGCAGGUGAAGCCGGUCCGCGUGUGCACGCACUGCUACAUGUUCCACGUCACGCCCUUCUACAGCGACAAGGCGGGCAUCUGA